AUGUACAAGCUCGCCCGCUGCCGGCCCCUGACAAGCGCUCUCCGCGCUGCUGCUGAGAAGCCAUUGAAGAGAUCGGUGAUACAGCAGAGUAGAGCGCUGUCGAUACACGAAUAUAGAUCUGCCAAUCUGCUAGAAAGGUAUGGCGUUGGCGUUCCCAAGGGUGGCGUAGCUACGACCGCAGCAGAGGCAGAGAAGGUUGCUAAGGAGAUUGGUGGUGACGACGUGGUGAUAAAGGCACAGGUGCUUGCUGGUGGCCGAGGAAAGGGUACUUUCGACAAUGGCUUCAAGGGCGGUGUCAGAGUGGUCUACUCUCCCCGCGAAGCCGCCAUCCUCGCAGACCAGAUGAUCGGCCACAAGCUCAUCACCAAGCAGACCGGAGCCGCCGGCCGGCUCUGCAACGCCGUCUACAUCGUCGAGCGCAAGUUCGCGCGCCGAGAAUUCUACCUCGCCGUGCUCAUGGACCGCGCAACACAAGGGCCCGUCAUCGUCGCUUCAUCGCAGGGCGGCAUGGACAUUGAGGCCGUCGCCAAGGAGCACCCCGAAGCUAUCAUCACCACUCCAAUCAACAUCCACGAGGGCGUCACCGACGAGAUUGCACGGAACAUUGCGAACGAGCUUGGCUUCUCGGAGCAGUGCAUCGAGGAUGCGAAGAACACCAUUCAGAACCUAUACAAGGUUUUCAUGGAGCGGGAUGCAACGCAGAUUGAGAUCAACCCUCUAUCUGAGACGACGGACCACCAGGUCCUCGCCAUGGACGCUAAGCUCAACUUCGACGACAACGCCGAGUUCCGCCAGAAGGAGGUCUUCAGCUGGCGAGACUUCACCCAGGAGGAUCCCGAGGAAGUCAAGGCUGGUGAGGCAGGCCUCAACUUCAUCAAGCUGGACGGCGACAUCGGCUGCCUUGUCAACGGCGCCGGUCUCGCCAUGGCCACCAUGGACAUUAUCAAGCUGAACGGUGGCAACCCGGCCAACUUCCUCGACGUUGGAGGUGGUGCUACCCCUGAGGCUAUCAAGCAGGCUUUCGAGCUCAUCACUUCGGAUCCUAAGGUUACUGCUAUUUUGGUCAACAUCUUCGGUGGUAUUGUCAGGUGCGAUGCUAUUGCCAAGGGAUUGAUUUCGGUCGUCGAGUCGAUGAACCUGAGAACACCGAUUAUUGCACGAUUGCAGGGCACGAACAUGGAGCAGGCGCAUAAGCUGAUCAACGAAUCCGGCCUCAAGAUCUUCUCCAUCGACGACCUACAAGGCGCAGCCGAGAAAUCCGUCCAGUUCUCCAAGGUCGUCAAGAUGGCGCGCGACAUCGACGUAGGCGUCGAGUUCACCCUCGGUAUCUAA